GUCUACAUUGACGAUGUUCUCAUAGCCAGUGCCACGCCAGAAGAGCACUUGAAUCACCUCCGACAAGUAUUUGAACGUUUCGACCAUCACGGGAUAACCAUUAAUCCUGAUAAAUGCCUAUUUGGUCAAUGUUCCGUCGAUUUUCUUGGUCACAAAAUCGAUAGCAAAGGCAUUAGUCCCAUCCCUGAGAAAACCCAGGCAAUCAUGGACUAUCCACUGCCCCAAUCCGUUAAAAACCUGCGCCGAUUCCUUGGCAUGGUUAAUUAUUACGGAAGAUUCAUUGACAAUUGUGCUGCCGUUCUUCAGCCUCUAACUGAUUUACUUAAAGGUAAUCCAAAGAAGUUCAUCAUUACGCCAGAAGCCGAAACAGCGUUUGCUGCCAUCAAGCAGAAGUUAAGCCAGGUAACUUCCCUGAGCUACUUGGACACCGACGAGAAAGCUACUCUCGUCCUCAAGACUGAUGCUUCACAAUCCGCUGUCGGUGCUGUACUUCAACAACUAAUUGGCAAUGAGAUUCAGCCGUUGUCUUUCUUUUCUCGGAAGCUACAACCAGCACAAACGAGGUAUAGUACUUUCGGUCGCGAACUUCUCGCGAUGUACUUGGCCGUCAAGCACUUUCGUCACGUCCUUGAAGGACGACGUUUUGUAAUUCUGACGGACCACAAGCCUUUGAUCUACGCAUUUCGUGCCGCUUCCGAUCGCUAUUCUCCGAGAGAGACACGACAUCUAGAUUACCUCUCACAAUUUUGUGUCGACAUUCGCUACCUCGAUGGUCCGAAUAAUGUUGUCGCUGAUGCACUUUCACGUGCUCACAUACAUCAACUGUCGUCCUCACCAAUAGACCUUGAGGAAAUGUCUGUUGCCCAGAACAACGAUCCUGAACUCGCUCAGCUUCGAUCGAAUACCACAUUGAAAUUCUUGCAAUUACCAAUUUUAAACUCAGACGCAAGGAUUUACUGCGAUGUCUCCACCGGUAAGCCAAGACCGUUUGUUCCACAGUCUUUCCGGCGAACCGUCUUUGACCAUUUUCAUGGACUAUCGCAUCCUAGCAUUCGAUCUACUGUGAAGUUGAUUACUGAUCGUUUCAUCUGGCCUAGUAUGCGCUCUGAUAUCCGCCAAUGGGCUAAACACUGUCUCAGCUGCCAGAGCAGCAAAGUACACAGACACACUAUUUCUGCCCCCGGAACAUUCUCACUACCUGAGGCACGUUUUAGACAUGUCCACCUAGACAUAGUCGGACCGCUUCCUCCGUCGAACAAUUUCACUUUCAUUUUGACUUGUGUUGAUCGUUUUACUCGUUGGCCGCACGCCAUUCCUUUACGUGACAUAUCUUCAGAAUCUGUUGCCCGUGCAUUUUUCGAUUCAUGGAUUUCCUUUUUCGGUGUACCAUCUACGAUCACUACAGAUCGAGGAUCUCAGUUUAGUUCCACCUUGUUCCGUGACUUGAAUCGUCUGUUGGGUUGUACCCACAUUCGAACAACUGCUUAUCAUCCCGCUUCGAAUGGCCUUGUCGAGCGUUUCCAUCGACAGCUUAAAGCCGCCAUCACAGCUAAUUCACCUGAUCCACAUUGGUCUGAACGCAUCCCAGCUGUCCUUCUUGGUAUCCGUAAUACCGUCAAAGAGGAUAUUGGAUGCAGCCCUGCCGAACUCGUCUUUGGCACCACUCUCAGACUUCCAGGUGAGAUGAUUUUGGAUUCCCGAGUCACUGGUGAGAUAGAUCCUGUGUCCUACGCCGAACGUCUCAAACAACACUUCCGAACAGUUCGACCUACGUCUACUCGCUUCACUGCCCGCGAACAACGAAUUCAUCCGGACUUACACACUUGUCCUUUUGUUUUCAUUCGCAUUGAUGCAGUUCGCAAGCCGUUGACACCCCCUUAUGAAGGUCCUUUCAAAGUGUUGUCACGGAAACCUAAAUACUUCAUACUGGAAAGGAAUGGAUCGAAAGAAUCUGUGAGUAUUGACCGUCUUAAACCCGCUUAUGUUGAGCCUGCCGUUACUUUGACGGAUCCCAAGUCGUUACCCCCUGUUGGUCAACCGACCGCUUCCAAUGCUCCAGAACCUUCAUGCGCUCGCCCAACGAAUGAUCCCAAACACACACGUUCAGGACGUUCUGUGUCUUUCCCCUCCAAACUAGCUGAGUUUGUUCCCUAAAUAGCUAUAUCGAGCGUUACCUUACCAGUUCACGCUCUACGGGGGGAGUUAUGUAGUGGUUAUUAAUCUUUCACAUUUUGUCUUUCUUGUCAUCAAUUUUAUCAUGGCAUCUUUUGUACAGUUUGUUUGAAUUAAUGAUUAAUAUACACUUCUUCGCGCCCCGCG